GUAUAAAAGGCCAGGCAUAAUUGUCGACAACAUCAAAACAUAUCAAACGCUUAAUCGAAGCUUGACUUAAACAUAAAAUAACUUUAAGUAGAGGCUUAUAAUAAUGUUCAAACUCAUUGUAUUAUGUGCUUUGCUCAGCAUUGCUGCUGCUCGUCCAGGUCUAUUGGCUCCAAGUGCCAUAUUAGCUCCAGCUCCUGCUUUGGUUGCAGCACCACUUCUGCAUAGCAUUCCAGCAACUCAUCAUGUUGUGCAUCAACCCGUUUUAGCUAAAGUAGGUGCUGUCGUCCACAGUGCACCAUCAGCAGUCUCACACCAAAGCUUAACUCAAGUGCACGGCAAAACCAUUGUCCAGCCUGUACUUACACCUGUAGUCAAGACUGUCGUCCAUGCUGCUCCAGUUGUCCACACUGUUCCAGUUGUUAAGACUAUUGCUGCUCCAGUUGUUCACACCGUUCAUGCUGCUCCUGUAGUGCAUGCAGUUCACGCUGCUCCAGUUGUUCACUCAGUUCCUGUAUUACACUCUGCUCCUUUAGUUAAACAUGUUGUUGCUGCUCCAGUUGCCUACGGAAUCCAUCAUUAAGACUGUCCCUAUGGAAUAAUCUUUUUAGUUUUAUUGUGAUAAAAGUAAUAAUAAAAUCCAACUAUAAGACAAACUUAAA